UUGUGCUCCCAACUCGUCGGUGUUUUGGUUUGACUGUUUGCUUUUCCCUCCCCAGAUAUCACUGCUUUCCAAUUUGAUACCCUCAUACCCCAUCAUCUCACGAUGAAGGAUCGCAGUGGAGAGAUCUUGGCCAUAGGCAUUACCUUCUUGCUCUUGUCAUGGCUUACUGUCGGUCUUCGAUGCUUUGUACGCGUCCACAUGGUCAAGGGCUUUGGCAUUGACGACUACACAAUGGUCGUCACGCUGCUCUUUUUCACGGGAUACCUGAUAUCACAGAUUGGUGGCGCCAUCAACGGAUCUGGUGUGCGCCGCAUACACCUUACCGACGAGAGCGCCCAGACGGCUCUUCACUUUUGGUUCUUCUGCGAAAUCUUCUACACGCUGUCGACAUGUAUGCUCAAAAUCUCCGUCGGCUUCUUCUUGCUACGCAUCACCAUUGUGCCGCUUCACAUCUGGAUCAUCCGUCUCAUCAUGGUCGUGUCUGGCCUCGUGGGAAUCGCAUACACGUCCGUUGUCAUCUUCCAGUGCAAGCCCAUUUCAUAUUGGUGGGAUCUCAAUCCGAACGCCGUCGGCUCCUGCCUCUCUCCAGCAUUGGUCAUGAACUUUACCUUUGUGGUCUCUGGGCUCAACGCCUUUGCCGACUGGGUCUUUGCCAUUCUUCCAGUACUUAUCGUCCAGGGUCUGCACAUGAAGAAGCGUAUGAAGGUGGUUGUAGCCUCAGUCAUUGCCUUGGCGGCCAUUGGUUCUACAGCGACCAUUAUUCGCUUGCCGUACACGACAACGAUCAAGGGAUACAAAGGCGACUUCCUCUUCCGGACAACUGACUUCGCGAUUUGGAGCACUAUUGAAGUAGGCCUUGGUAUAUCAGCUGGAUCAAUUGCGACGCUCCGACCACUAUUGAAGCAGGCGUUUGAAAUUACCCGAUCAGCCUCAGCCAUGCCGUGGAGCAAGCCUUCACUCAAAUCAGGACAAGAACAGUCUGGCCAUCAGCUCAGUGUGAUUAAGCCUUCGAUUCAAAAGUCCAUUACCAUUACCACAUCACGGGCACGGCGAGAAAGCAAAGAGUCGGACGAGGAAAGAUUCCUUGGCUCGAGCAUGCCGUCAGAAGCAUGGCAGCAGCAACAAGGACUUCCGGGAUACAUUACAUCUACCGUUCUGGAUGAGCAAGCUGCGCGAGCUUCAAUGGAUAGGAGUCGGAAGCAUGGACAGAAACAAAAUCGGAGAGGCAGCCCUGGGGGCUCCAGCCAGUCGACUGUCGAUAGCAAAGAGUCUGGAAAAGCACCAAAGGCCCAUGUACACGAGCGUUUUUAGUUGGAGGCCUUGUAUAAUCUUAAUCCGUGGGUCGAACAUUCACCACUGCCAUUCUCAACCCUCUCUCUCUCCCCUCCCUUUUAGCUACUGCAAGCCUCUGACACGCGCUCUCACGCUUCCUCUUUGCCCAGGCUACGAUAUAAGACAUAUCCAUGCUUCACUUUUCUUUUUUUUCCCUAGAGGAUACUCGUAUUCAAAGACGGCGCCAAUGUGUGUGGUCACUGGUUGAGGAUGGGUAAAGAUGAGGCGAUAGGCUCGCCUAUUGCUUGAUCGGCUCCCGGGUGGCUAAACUAGUCAAGCCAGCGUUCGCUUAUGGUCU